GACGAUGGCGGCGGCGGCGUCUGCAUCUGCCGAGGCGGCGGCGCUGGACGCCCUGAGGCGGGGCGGCCCGGGGGCGGCCGAGUCGCUUUUCGAGGCGCACGCGGUGGCAGAGCUGAGGGCCGUGGAGCGGCAGGUCCGCGCGGGCAUCGAGGGCAAGCGGGAGGAGCUCCGGCAGAUGGUCGGCGAGCGCUACCGGGACCUCAUCGAGGCGGCCGACACCAUCGCCGAGAUGCGCCUCAGCGCCGAGCACCUCGUGGAGGCCGUGCAGGGGCUGCAGCAGCGGCGGGCCAAGGGGCGCGCCGGAGGGGGCGGGGGCGGCGCCCCUCAUAGCGGCCAGCCCGCCGCGCGGAGGUCGGCGGUUGAGGCAGUACGCCAGUCACAGGAGAAGUUCUACUGUUUGGCAGCACAGAUCCAACUACUACUGCAGAUUCCUGAGAAAAUCUGGAGCGCUAUGGAAUCCUCUCAGUAUUUAUAUGCCACCCAGUUGUACCUGCUAUGCUGCCACCUCCAGCGCCUCCUGCAGCUGGAUUCUUCUGGCACCAGUUACAGCCCAAUUCUGGCUCGUUUUCCUAUCCUUGCACGACAAGUAGCUGCAGCUAGCCAUUUCCGGUCAACAAUCCUACAUGAGAGCAAGUUGCUACUGAAAUGCCAGACUGUUUUGGACCAAGCAGUAGCAGAGGCAUUGUGUUCAGCCAUGCUUCUUGAGGGCAGUUCUCCACGCCAGGCUCUUGCCGACUUCCUGCUGGCCAGGAAAUCUGCAAUUCAGCAGCUUCUGGAUCAGCCCCAUCAUGAUGCUGGCAUUAAAGCGCAAGUUUGCUCCUUGGUGGAGCUGCUAGCCACAACCCUGUAUCAAGCACAUGCCCUCUUCUAUUCCCUGCCAGAGGGAAUGCCUUCAGACCCAUCUCUUCCCUGUGGUUUGCUCUUCUCAACCCUGGAGACCAUCACAAGCCAGCAUCCAGCAGGUAAGGGCAUCACAGCUUUGAAGGAAGAAACCAAGCUGAGCAGCUCAUUCAAAUAUUUGCCAUCUUCCAUCGCAGAAUUCCAGCCAACACUCAGAACUCUGGCACAUCCUAUUAGCCAGGAUUACCUUAGAGAUACACUUCAGAAAUGGAUCAAUAUGUGCAAUGAUGACAUCAGAUCUGGGAUCACAAACUUGCUGGUGUAUGUGAAGAGCCUUAAAGGUCUGGCUGGAAUCCGUGAUGCUGUAUGGGAACUGCUCACCAGUGAGUCCAUGAGUCAGAACUGGGAGACAAUAUGUCACCGGCUUCUUGACAAACCCAUCUUUUUUUGGGAAGAUUUGUUACAACAGCUUUUCUUGGACAGAUUACAGACACUGACAAAGGAAGGAUUUGAUGACAUCUCCAGCAGCUCCAAGGAGCUCCUUGUUGUGUCUGUACAGGAGCUUGAAGCCAAGGUUGAUGCAUCUGCCCACAACAAACAUAUGCUAUUUGAACAUAACAUGGCCUCUUUCUUAUGGUCAGAGAAUCCAAGUGACUUGCCACCCGAUGCAGCCUGGAUCAGUGUGGCGAACCGCAGUCAGUUCACCAAGAGUGGGUUAUCCAUGAAGGCCCAGGCCCACAGCCCACGAGUUCAAAGCUUCUGCAGCACUCUGGAUUCCAAGCUGAAGGCCAAGUUGGAGGACCUUCUGUCCUACUUGCCCUCAGACUCCUCUCUGCCUAAGGAUGCUCUGCGUGUUCAACCCAGGAACUCUGCCUUUGACAGGUUUGCUGAUGCAGGCACAGUAGAAGAACUGUUGCGCAGCCACUGCAUCGGCUGUGUAGAUUAUGUGCUGGGUUGUGUAAGGGAAGAGCUGCAUCAGGCUCGGGAUGUACUUCAAGGAUGCGCAGACGCUUUGCACAACCCCAAAAUCAACACCAUUCUCUUCAUGGCACGGCUCUGCCGAUCGUUGGGGGAGUUAUGCCCGCAUUUGAAGCAGUGCAUUCUGGGUAAAUCGGGUAACCCAGAAAGUGUUUUGAGGGAGCCUUGGCCUUUGAAAAAGGUUGGGAAAGGGAAAACUCAAGAGGUGAAUCCCAUAAAGGCUAAAUGGCAAGAAUUAAAAGAACGGCUGCUGCAGGAUAGCCUGUCUGCCUAUCGGAUUUGGAGCACAGCUGUUGCUAAGGUCCUGGUUCAGGGGUUCACACAGUCGUUGUUAAAGGGUCAAGCUGGAUCCAUUCUGGCAACAGCCACCAACUGGGAAGAGAUUGAAAUUGAAGAAGAGACUGAGACUGGAAGCAGUGUAAAGUCCAAGAUACGGCUCCCUGUGCAGCCAUCAUGGUGCGUCCAGUCCCUCCUCUUCAGUUUGUGCCAAGAAGUCAAUCGAGUUGGAGGCCAUACCCUUCCCAAGGUCACCUUGCAAGAACUACUGAAGACUUGUAUGACUGAAGUAUUAGCUGGCUAUGAAAAACUGUCAGGAGCGAGCCAGGAAAAGAAAGAAGGGAAGUUACCCAUCACUCAGAACAGGGCUUUGCAACUCUUGUAUGAUCUUCGCUAUCUGAAUAUAGUCCUGACAACUAAGAGUGAAGAUAUGAAAGGCAGCAGAAACAAGCAGGAUUCCAGGAUUGAGAAAGAGAUAGACUUUCUGGAGAGUUAUAUAGAUCCCUUCGACUUGGAUGUCUUUACACCACACUUAAACAGCAACCUUAAUCGUCUGGUGCAGCGGACCUCUGUCCUGUUUGGCUUAUUAACAGGGGCAGAGAAUCAGUACACCAGCCGAAGCAGUAACUUAACUUCUCAAGAAUUACAUAACAUUCUACCUCUAGCAUCUAGUCAAAUCAGAUUUGGGCUGUUGCCACUCAGCAUGUCAAGCUCACGCAAGACUAAAUCAGCUAUAAGAAACACUGAACAGAAGGCUCAGGUUUGUUCCUUUAUUCUAGUUUAUGGUUUUCUCCACUCUUGCCAACUGUUUAGUUGCACUGGCAAUGUUAAUGCUAAAAAUUUCCUAGGGAGCCCAGGGUGCUGCUGUUUUAUUUAUUUAUUUUUUAAAAAUAUCAGAAACUCAUGCCACAAUUUCCUUUGGACACUUCAGGAGCAGCUUACACUUUUCUAGGUUUGAAGAUGAAUUAGUUAAGUCUGUCAAAUUGUGUCUAGGAGUCGAUAGCAAUAUUAGCAUAUAUUAUUAGUCCAGACUUGCACAUUGACAGAUCUCAACCAGCUUAUCUCUGAUAAUAGUAAGGUAUGUUAAAGGAGUGAUUAAUCUAACUGUCUUGUACCCUUCAUUCUAGUAUGAUGCUGACCAAGUAACCCCUGAAGAAAUCUUGCUGGGGUAUUAAAGCAUGUGUGACUUGAGUGGCUUCCUCACCUUUGUAGGCUUCUGUGCUAAGGCUUGCUUAUGUAGCCAUAGAACUUGAUAGCUGCUGUCAAAUUUACCAAGUUUACAUAUGAGAAAUUGAAUGCAUACUAGCAGCUGGCAUGGGUUUCCUUCUGUAUUGCCAUGCAACCACUACACCCUAGAAGGUGCUGCAGGGAAGGGUGGACAAAGAGGUUGUUUAUUGGUACAUAUCGCACCCUGAUAUCUGUUGCACUACUUCCACUGGCAUGCUAUUUUCACCCUCUGUAUUUUUGGAGUUUAUCUCUUGCAAAAUGGAAUUCCGUCUAAAGCUCUUAGUAUGUAAAGAAAUUCACAUGUUAAAUAUCAGAAGCAUCUGUUGCUAUGGCGGAGUUAUGAACCUAAUUUUAGACUAAAAUGGACUUGUAAUGUAAGACAUACUACAUAAGCAAAACUGCUUCCCUUUCUGCUUGCCAUUAUGAUGCUCCUUCCCUGUAGUAAUAGAGUAAGCCAGUAAGUUAUCCUUUCAAAAAAAGGGAAAGCUACUACUGUAGGUAUGAAAACGGACUUAACAUGUCUGCCUCCUUACCUAGGAAGUUGCCG